GAGGAGCGGGGUCGCGCCAGCGCCGACGGCUGGCCACGUCGACGCCGCGAUAGACUGGUGGGGUCGCGAGCGCUGCCACCAACGCGCAGUCCGUGCCGCCGCGCCACUCACGUGUAUGGUGGGGUCGGGAAUCAGGAGACGGGAUAUGACCUGGGAGUCACGAGUCGACGGCUUCCAGUGAUCUGCCAGAUUUGUACUAACGGACGGCUGUUCACUGUGAAGUGUUGGAGGAAGCUGUGGAGAAGAAGGCAGAUGGCGCCUCCUCUCGACGCAAACACAGCAAACGGCAGCGGCAGCAGCCGUCGGCGGCGGCGGCGGCGGCGACGGCGGCGAACACGUAGUCGCUGCCGACCAGACAUUUGCGGGCCCGAGGCGGCCUGUAUGCCCGUCGGCGACUCGUUCAAGUGCGUAUGCCCGCGCGACCUCUCCGAGGUGACGCCCGAACAGCGGUGCCACUAUGCCGACGACACGACGCCGGUCACCACCAGCAGCGACGCACUCACCAUGGCGACCGGCCGCCCCUGCCCGAACCCCAAGUCCCUCUGUGGGAUGGAGGCCGCCUGCCAGAUGGUGGAUGACUCGGACCACGUCUGCAUCUGUCCGCAUGACCUGACGGAGCCCACUGGCGACUCGCCACAAAACUUCCGGUGCAACCGCAACGUAGUGGAGGACGACUCGUCGCCGCAUCCAUAUCUUCUCAGUACAAACAACGGGGAUAGCGGUCCACAGGGUCUGGCGCCCGGCGUGCCCGGCUGGGUGCUGGUGCUGGUGCCCAGCCUGAUCGGCGCGCUGGUGCUGGUGCUGGUGCUGGUCUCCUGCUGGCGCCGGAGGCUCGCCGGCGCCGGAGGUAGUCGCGCCGCCGCGCGCAAGCUCGAGCACAGAAAGCUGAACUUGCCCGUCACUAUCACAGAGAACAUAGUGCUGGACGACAGAGUGCAUUCGAAUCCAAACUACUACCACGAGUCUCCCUGGACAUCGCCACUAAGUUCUAUGAAAGUUGUUCAUAUCCUGAAGGAGCAGGUUGUCAACAUGUCCGAAAUCGGCCAGGGAUGCUUCGGAAAAGUGUACAAAGGGGUGUACCUGCCGUGCGAGGGAGAGCCCGUGAACGUGGCGGUAAAGCUGCUGAAGGAGACGGCCAACGUCGAGCUGCAGGAGGACUUCAUCCGCGAGGUGGAGAUCAUGGCCAGCUGCCGGCACCAGAACAUCGUCAGCCUACUGGGGGUUCUCGUGCAAGACACGGCCGUCACGCCAUGGAUGGUGUUCGAGUACAUGGCGUACGGCGAUCUGGCCGAGCUGCUGCGCAAGAACGCGCCCAAGUGGGGCAGCCCGCAGAGCAGCGCUCUCGACAUGGGCACUCUGCACAGCUUCGCUGAUCAGGUGGCCUCUGGCAUGGAAUAUCUGGCGUCCCAGCACUUCGUGCAUCGCGACUUGGCGUGCCGCAAUAUUCUGGUCGGAGAGCAGAUGGUCGUCAAAAUAUCCGACUUCGGCAUGAGUCGGGACAUCUACACCUGCGACUACUACAAGGUGGCCGGAGGGUCGCGCAUGCUGCCCGUCCGCUGGAUGGCCCCCGAGAGCAUCAGCUACGGCAAGUUCACGCUCGAGUCGGACAUCUGGAGCUAUGGCGUCGUGCUCUGGGAGAUAUACGCCUACGGCAAACAGCCCUACUACGGCCACUCUAAUAAGGAGGUGGUGAACCUGAUCCUGCAGAACAUCCUGCUGGUGCCGCCCGACACCUGCCCGUCGGCCGUCUGCGACAUCAUGGACGCCUGCUGGAAGUCGGAGCCGCGCGACCGCACCAGCUUCUCGGACAUCGUGCUCAAGCUGGCGCACAUGAGCGACGCCAUGAAGGGUCACAGGUACGCCAACGUGGACGCGGUGCCGUACACAGAGCUUGAGCACAACCUCAGUCAGCUGGCGCGCAUCGAGGCAGAGGUGCGCGCACUCGGCCUGGACGAGGAGGAGACGAGCGUGCUGGACGAAGACCUGUACCUGCGGCCGAGUGGAGGCCAGGCGGAACACGACUACAUCCAGCCGAUUCCGUGAGGUUUGGUGGCGCGCUCUUCCCAGCGACGGGCGGCACGAAGUUGCUCCCAAGUCUCGGACGCCGUGCGGAACACUACCCGCCGCUGUCGCUGUCGCGGGGACGAGCGGUGACAGGGACGUGGCCUCAGUCGGCCGGCGGGGAGGAUCACCGCCGAUCCGUGGGAGGCCGCGGUGGCCUUCCCGUGCUAAGCGUAACACGGAGAGCGGUGACGAGCCGGCGCACACUCGAGCGCCGCAUGGGGCCUCGCGAAAUGACGCAAACUAUGCCCCGAGGCGUGCCGUCCUCGAAUGUCGAAUACUCUGCUAGUUGUUACGGUGCCCAUGGCGCCCGAGACGUCCGCAUGAGUGGGCCGCGUAACGGCUCGUCUGUGGCUGCGCGCGGUGUUGGGCCUGCCGCGGCCACCAGCGCCUGGUCGUGGGGCCACGCAACGGUCCACUGCGGCAGAGGCGUGACAGCUGCACAGUGCGACGCGACGACGGAUCAGUGCGACGCAACAGCUGCACAGUGCGACCCGACCACGGCGCAGUGCGACGCGACGGCGGCGCCGUGCGCUCCGACGCGGCUCUCGGACUCUGUGGAGGCGGCUGGUGUCGGUCGCCAUGUGACUGGGCUGUGGAACUGGUGUUGACAGGCACGCUGGCUGCGUGACGCAGUGGGGUGACUGAGUGCCCACCGCUGUUAAGUCGCGCGUGCUGCCAUGUGCGUGGCGUGGUGCGAUCGCUUCAUUCGUGGCGACUCCAGGAGCCCUGGGAGCUUCCCGCUGUGUGCUGGAAGGCCACCGUCUGAGUCAACUGCUGUCGAUUCCUGGGAACCGUCGUUCCAGCUUUUCCUUGCCAUUUGUAGUGGAUAUUGAUUUAAUGUCGUAGAGUUGUACCCAUGUAUGUUGCAUGUUUCGCUUCAUGAUUGUUCACGCACGGACAAUGGCAGCGUUUGAUGACAUGUGGGAGGAUAGGGGGUCCGAUGUGGCUGUCGCUGGACUGCUGGCCGCUCUCUCUCCGUGACCUCAGCAAGGAGCAAGGCUUCACAACUCACGCCCAUCCACACCGCUGCGUACUGCUAGUCUUGCUGUCUGCCCUGUGUACAGCUCUUCAGUUAUGCCGCAACUGAUUAUCUGAUGUUUGCUGAACACUCGUGAUACUCGGAGUCGGACCUCAGCCUGGAUGGAAGCUGACUACGUUUGCACCUAAAUCCUGGAGCGAAACGCAGCUCCCUUCGCUGCUUCUCUUGUCUCUGUUUAUGUACAUUGCCAAUCAUGCAACAGUUUCCAUAAUUUGGCCUCAGGCUUUAAUACCUUGUUCUGUUCAAGUUCCAUGAUGAUCCUGGAGGUUCAUAAUGUCCACAUUCCCAGAAAACACUGAUGUCGACCAUUUGAGGUGCAAUGAGAGAAGUUAUCAACCAUUUGCUACGAGAUAUUGUGUACCGUUAGGGUAUGCAAGUCACUGCGUAUCUAUUCAGACUAUUUUUAUGUCUGAUGAGGCUGGCCAAUGUCACGACAUGCAGUGUAUCGUGUGUUGGUAAGCACUUCUAGCUGGGAUGGCUUGAUUUUAGUGUUGUACUGGACGCCGUGGGGUUAAUGGUCCUGAGCUCUGUGUAGUUUGAAUGUACAGCAAAUGCGCAAUGCGCAUGCUUUUUGUGUGGACUCGUAGAGAACCUCCACCACUCACUGCGUGUUGAACGUGCCAACUGUUGCGUGAUGCCUCGCUGGGAUGACGUGUUGAAUCGAAAGAGUAAAUGGAUUGUAUAGG